UUUUAGGUAGACAUAUGUUUAAAUUUAUAAUAUCUUCUUUUUUAAAUAGCAAACACAAAGUGAAAAUCUUAUUUUGCUUCACUAUUUUUAGAAAAACGUUAUUAUUUUGUAUUUCUUUUCGUUUUCCUGCAUUGCGUUAAACUGACAAAAGUUUGCUUCUGAUAAGCAUUUUUUUUUAAAUAUCCCAACUAUCCGUCUGCCAUUGUUUGUUUUUUCACUGUUUACCCAGCAGGUGCUGUGACGUCACCUGGAUCGAACCGUGUUGCUACUUUAAAUAACAAAGUGACUUUGCGCGAGAAGAUGCAUUAAGAAUUAUAAAUAAAUCUCAUUAAUGCUUGUUUUUAAGAAAUGCAAGUAAAACUCUUAAGUUCCCAAAACACAUCACUAAAAUUGUCACAUUUUGACAGAAAGUAGAUAGCGGCUUCCGUCGGACAGAUGUUCAGGCGUAUGAAUAUGUUUUUAUUUACGAUUGUGAUUCGCCCUGGCAAAAAAGUGUUCUGUUGCAUGCUUGAUAAUUUCAACCGCAUUAUCCGAUGUGAAAAAAGAACCCUACAGAUUUUUAGAGAUUAAGCAAACAGAAUGAGCACAAAGACCUUGAGGUUGAAUUGCAUGUUGAAAAUCCAGCCUAUAUGUUAAGAGUGGAGUUGUGGUGUUGGAAAGGAGGGAAGUUUUGAGUGUGGUGGAACUGUCUUAAGUGAUAUGUACCUUCCUGCUGCGUCUGAUCGAUAGCUGUCUUUUCAGGCCCCGGAAGUCCUUGGAUCCACUCCAUAUACCACCUGUUCUCACAUUUGACCAUUCAUGAAGAUUCUCCAUCGAAAAGAAAAAAACAUAAUCUAGAGAGGGGAAAAAACAAACUUUUGUUCCGUGAGCUCACAGAAUUUCGAACUCUGCUGAAAGGAAGAGAUACUUAAGCUCGUGUGAAGAAGCAGAAUUUGGAUUACUCUUUGUCAACUUGUGUUUUUCCUCUCAUUGUGUUCCGUCAGCGUUUCCUGCUUCUAAUUGCAGUGGGAUAAAUUUAGAAGAAAAAAGUGAACCCCAAAGAAUUCCUUCCUGCUCAGAGUUUUAAAAAAAAAUUCGGUUGGAGAGUAAUUGACUUGAGAACUGAGGAGAACAGUACUGCCUGAGAGGCAGCAGCUAAGGAACUCUGACAGUAUCAUGUUACUUGGAGAUUCUGUGACCGAUUUUUCGAAGAUGUCCAGUUUAAAGUAUGAGAGUGCCCACUCCCCAGCAGAACCCUCUCCCUUCUAUCCUGCUUUCCCCCCUCACCCCUCCUUCAUGCACCCAGCCAUUUCACAAAUGUACGGACGAGGAGUGUCAUUUCUAGAAGACAAAUUCAAAAGGGAGGACCCACACAUGUUCUCCCCCACUGAGAGAACAAAAUCUGAGUUUCCACCGCCCCUUCCGCUGUGUCUGCCAACUUCAGAACAUGCGAAAAUGCUGGAACUGGACAUGACCCAUGGUCAGUACCGUGGAAGUGACCGGCACUCUCCCUUGAGUCCCUCCGAGUAUUACCGUCGGCGAGACAUCAUGAGUACGGGUAGUAGCUCACAUUCCAGUCCCACGUCGUCACAUUCCGGAGAACUGAAUUUGUCACGCUAUAGGGGACAAAAAUCUGCGUCAGAAGCUGGAUUGAGUGAGGAGAAUGGCAUAAUGGAGAAAUGUGAAGAUGGUGCUGAGAAUGGCAUAAUGGAGAAAUGUGAAGAUGGUGCUGUAAAUUUAUCUUCUAUAAGAGAAAACUCGGAAAACAGCAGCAUGAAAGACGAGGAUAUUAAGGGACCUUCACCCCAUUCUCAAGAAGCUGAUGACAAGAACCCACUUCACCAUGGGGCCAGCUCAUUCUCUCCAACUCCUAGCCCCCCUAGCUUGACCCAAAGUGCAGCUAAACGCAAAAUCAAGUCCAACAGUGCCAUAGAGCUCACCUCGGGCAGUCAGCCAUUAAUGAUGAUGGCGGCCCAGCACGGAGUUCUUCCACAGCAGAUGCAGCAGCUAUUGCAGCAACAGAAUCAGGGUGUCAAUGCUCAGCAACUUCAGCAACAGAUGAUGCAACAUCAAACAGUCAUGUUGCAACACCAGCAGCAAAAACUUCAAGAGCAUAUACUGCAGGAACUGAAUGAACAGCUUCAGCUCAACGUCAUACAGCAGUCUCAAUUGAUGCAGGGCUCCUCAGACAAAAGCAAGAACAACAAACAACAGCUACAGCAUCUGGUUGUGCAACAGCAGCAACUCAUGCAACAAAUUCAGCAGAUACAGCUUCAGCAACGACAGUUUCUAUUAGCAUGCUUGGUUCAGCCGUUUGGAGCCCCACAAGGAAUGAUGUCACCCACGGAAAUCCAGCAGCUGUGGAAGGAGGUGGCCGCCCAGUCGGGGCUAGAGGGAGACCAGAAGUCUCCGUUUAACGGACUGACCACCCCCAAUCCUCCCACACAGGGACCAUGGUCCAAUGGCCUGACGUCUGAAGGAUUCUUACCUGCAGCAGGGAUGUUGAACCAGCAUCCAAUUUCCAUUGACACAGAUGAAAAAUCGACUUCGCUCAAAACAAGCUGUUUAUUUCGUCAUGGACGCUGCAAGUGGCCAAACUGUGAUAUCCAGUGUGAAGAUCAGGCAGAAUUCCAAAGACAUUUGGCCACUGAACAUCAGUUAGAUGACCGCAGCACUGCCCAGGCUCGGGUACAAAUGCAGGUCGUCAGUCAGCUGGAAAUACAGCUGACCAGGGAGAAAGAACUACUACAGGGUAUGAUGCAGCACCUUCACAUGAAGCAGCCCAGGGCGAAGUCCGACCAACCCUCCCCUCAGAAGUCAUUUCAUCCCAAGGUUUCUACACCUGUUCCGAUUUCCAUGGCAACAGUGACUCCUACCUCGGUGACAGCUCCCAGCCCACCGAAGCCAAUAGCAGCAUUAUCUUCUCCACUGAAGCAAGCUGCUGUCUCAUCUGUCUCAGCCCCGCCCACCCCUGUUCCCAUGGUCACACACCCCAUGUCCCUGUCCCUGGGGAUUCCCCCCUCCAUGGUGACAUCACUCUCUAAGCCUCCUACGCCUCAGUCCCAAUCUCAGCCAUCGACGCCCACCGGAGGCGGGCCCAUGAGGCGACGUGUCUCAGACAAAUGUAACCUCCCGAUCUCAGCUGGAACCUCAGAGGAAAUCCAAAGAAAUCGUGAUUUCUACAAGAGCACUGAUGUACGGCCCCCCUUCACCUACGCCUCGUUGAUUCGCCAGGCCAUUAUUGAGUCUCCUCAUAAACAACUGACGCUGAAUGAAAUCUACCAGUGGUUCCAAAAUACAUUCGCCUAUUUCCGACGGAAUGAAGCAACUUGGAAGAAUGCUGUACGACACAACCUGAGUCUACACAAAUGCUUCAUGAGAGUGGAGAAUGUGAAAGGGGCCGUGUGGACAGUCGAUGAAGUGGAGUUUUACAAAAGACGGCCCCAGAAGCUGGGGGGAAAUAUGUCCAUUAAAGAAGUUAAAAGUCCCUCAAUGAAUGCUGAGCCGGUAAUCUUCGGCGAGACAUUUAAUGCCAGCUUACGGGCUGCUAUUGAGCAGGCUACCAUGUUAAAUCACCAUUACACGAAUGGAUCGGUGUCUAUGGAUGGUGUAGAAGAUUUGUCCAUGAAGUCCAGUCGGAACAACAGCUCCGAUAACCUGAGAAAACUCGGGUCUCCAUCAAGUGUGUGAAAGAUACGCCCUUUACCUAUCCGUGGCUGACAAGUGAUCUAUCAGAUGUCAUUGAUGUGAAUCUCGAAAUUAAAUUUCAAACAAGAAAACAUCCAAGAAUUUCAGUGCCAGAAAUAAUGUGUUGAUAAUUUGCCGCAUCUGACAGGCCUAGGUCACUGGGGCAUUAUCCGACAGCUAGCAGUGUCAAGCGUGGCGUUUACGACCCUCGACAGUGCAGCGUGGCCUGUGUUGACGAGCCGUUUCCUGAAGUCAGUCAACUUGUUUUCAUUUUGUGACAAUCCAUCUAUCGUGAUGUUGUUGUAUGCAUUAAACAUGACCAGCAUUCUGGGCUGUCGAGGCUUUGUUUGUUCGUACAGAGGGCGCGCGGACUUUUACUACAGUUUGCUACAAGUUGUUGAACAUAUCUGGUACCAGGCUGCAGAUACAUGAAUGAAUCACUUGAUUUGCCCAGCAGUUUUAAAUUUUGUGUGCUGUACAUGUCUUCUAAAGUUAACAUCCCCCCUUUGUAGAAAUCAAUUUAAAUGAAACAAAUUUUUGUUGCAUAUAGAGUAUACCGUAUCACCAAGAGGCUUGGACAUCGUUGAGAUUGUUUUUAAAUGUGAAAAAUGUUUCCAACAUGCGUUCAACUAAAAGAUUCUUGGAAAGCACUUUUGUCAUUAGAAGGAAAUUUGAAUUUUUUCAGAUUUGAUUUUUAAUGUUAAUCUUAUGGCUAUUCUCAUUUUAUGUGUAUAAAUUAUUUAUGAAAAUAUAUCAAUGGAAGAUAUUCCAGGUCACCUGAUUUAAUAGCACACCUGCACACAAGCGCUUUUUAACUGCAUAAUUUUCCGUUUUUACUGAAAUAUUUUUGAAUUUAAUUUUCCAUGUAAAUAUUUUAAAGAAAGUAUAGGUCACACAGACUUAAUACUUUUGAAAACACUAAGUUACAACACUUUUAGAAGCUAAGGCAUUGCAUAGAGUUCAUUACAUUUAGAUCUUACAAAGUGCAUGUAAUUUUCCAAACAAACAAAAAAGAAACCAGAAUCACAUUUAACAAAAUCUGUGCUAUUUACUGCACGUCCCACGAAAUGUAUCCGCUGCUCAAUACCAAUGACAUAUUAAACCGGGAAAUUCAUUCAUUAUGCAUACUUUUCAAAAAAGCACAAUGAUGAAUUGAAAAGGGGGAAUAAACAUGCAAAUAAUGACAUUUUAAUGGUAGCUAUUGUUUGUUUACAACACACAAAAAUAGCUCUGCUUGUGAUGAGUUGACAGUCGUGGUUUUGAAGUGAUGAAUAAGCGAUUCAAAGUUCACUUGAACAGCAAGCGAGGGCCUUGUUGAUUUUGACAGGGUUUAGCUUCCUGUGGUUGACAGCCCUUCCUGUCGCCAUCAUCUGCCCCGCACGGGAUUACCACAAUUCUAUACCAAAGAAGUGCAGCUUUAUUGCAAAAUUUGGAUGUUUUGUUGGCAGCAUGAUGCUAUCAUUUAUAUUCUUUGCGGUUUCUAAAUCAAAUCUUAGAAUGAAAUUUAAUUGUAUACAGAAAUUGGGAGAGAAUAUAAAACUACAUGAGGGACUGAGGGAGGGGUGGAAUUAAUUUUUAUGCCAUUGACGCGUUUUGUUAAUUCAGACAUUUAAUGCUCAUAUAUUUCCGGUCUCCAAUGGAUCGGAAAUGAAAAUUCUUAAUAUUGUAUAUUUUUAAAAAUAAUCUGUUAGGAUGUUAUUUCCUGUUUAGUGAGAUUAUGCUGGCAGCAAUAUUAAAUAAGAUAUUUUUUUUUAAAAAAAAAACGUUUAUUUAUUCAGUUACAAUUAUUUUCCUAUCUUUGGAUGUGAGACAAUAUUUUAUUGCACUCGUUUUUGUUAAUUAAUAUUCAUUGCGACACCUUGAAAUAUAUAAGAUAUAUACAAUACAUAUGGCCCGGCGAGACUCGAGGUCUAUUGUGUAGUGUCUUCUAUAAACUUUACCUUUUUUCUAGAUUACUAAGAUACAAGAAUGAAAUGUACGCAUCAUUCAGAAAAAAAUAUAUUGUCUAUUCUUUGGUAUAAUCUAGAGUUUUUAAAAAAAUGUUCCACACCUAUUAAAAAAGGCAACAUUCGUCAUUUCAUAACUGAUAGCAUGAAAUCUUUUGAUAUGAAACAAAAAAAGAAGGUAAUAUUGUACACAAAUCAACUGAUAUUAAAUAAGUCAACCUUCUCGAUUAAGCAAUCUUUACUUACAAACAGUGUUAUGAAACUUAUCCUGAAUUAAAAAAUAAAACAGUAUCAUCUCUAAAAAUAAAAAAAGAAAAGAAAAGCAAAAUCAGACACAAAUCAUAACAAAUCUGCUUUAAGAAAAAAUAAUCAUUGGCUAUUGCAAAAAAUGAUCCACCUCUAUUGCACACAGCUACAUUUAACAAAUACAAAAAAAUUAAACACAGCAAAGAAAACCAACCAUUGCAACAGAAGGACUGAUUUGGUAGCAAACACCUAACAGAUGUCAGACCGUCUACGGAAGAUGUCAGACCGUCUACGGAAGAUGUCAGACCGUCUACGGAAGAUAUCAGACCGUCUACGGAAGAUAUCAGACCGUCUACAGAAGAUAUCAGACCGUCUACAGAAGAUGUCAGACUGUCUACGGAAGAUAUCAGACCGUCUACAGAAGAUGUCAGACCGUCUACGGGAGAUAUCAGACCGUCUACAGAAGCACAAUGUGGCCAUCUAACUGUAUCUGGCACUUCUACCCAAGUCUACACCAGAAAUCAUUCGCUAGAAUUCCUUCUUAAUAUUUUCUGUUUUUAACAUUAAUACAAAUAUGACGGGAUCAGGAGAUAUGAUUAAUCAUUCAUAUAGGGUGUAGUAAUCAAAAAAGGCGAUUGUAUGUUGAUGACUGAAGAUAUUGUUCUUACAAUAAUCAAAGCCCAAAAGUUUUUGAUAUACUGUGCAUGAUCUUCUUUUUAAAACAUAGAUUACACUAAACAAAUUUUCUCUCUCCAUAGAUGGGGUAGGCAUGCCAAAAUAUCAUUAGAGAUCCUCUUCAUUUAAAAAUGGAAAAAUAACAGUUCAUUUUUAAAAUAAAACUACUCACAAAUUCAAAACACUACAACGUUUAUGCAUUCUAAAACUUGAAGCAAAACACAACAAGAAAACUGAAUAUAUAACACUGAAACAAGAUAGCAAAAAGGCAACAGUAGCACUUGAAUAUAUAAUUUAUAUAUCAGAAUCAAAUCUAACAUAGUAAAACCAAGACAACUUUUGAUUGGUCACAGAUAUAAUAUGACUCAGCAACACUGAAGGUCACUAAAAACUACAACUUGAAUCAUAAAUAAAACAGGUUCAGUUUGACUGACCCGUCGUACACUACAGUCAUCAUUUAGAAAGGGGAAAAAAAGCAUCCAUUCACUUUCUCAGUCAGGAUCCAUGUGGUCCAGAUGAGCUGUCCAUCACCACCUCCUGUGAACUUUGCACUGAUUGAGUGUUCUGAUUGGAUGAAUUUUGUCCAAUGGGUGAGCUAGAUUUUGGAGACCUAGAUACUGGGGACAGAUCUAAACCCUGUUCACAACCUGUAUCCUUUCUUGCUUGGUUGUCCAGGGAAACCUCAUCGUACUGGUUUCUAGGGGACAGAUUGAGAGCCUGUUUGGAGUAGUCGCCCUGGACCACCACCGAUAAGGGACUGUCAACAGUGGAAUGACCAUUCUCAAGAAAUGCCUCAUCUCGAUCGGUACAUUCCUCUUUAACAUCCAGGAGGCCAUCUCUGAAAUGAGAAAUACAGUGAAUGUGACAUUUAUAUUUCAGAAAAUCUAUAAGCAGACCCAUGUUGGUACAUCACAGGCAUGAAAUAUUUGUUACUUUAAUAUUAAAACAUGUUGUGACCAAUCUUAAUUAUCAAUUUAAAUUCAUAAUAUAUUAAUUUGUCCAAAAAUGGAAACAUAAUUACUAGUAAUAUUUAUGGGUCAUUUCAUCUAAAUAUUUUUGUUCUGAAGGAAAGCAUGCAUCUUAAAUCAUCACUCAAAAAUAAUAUGCAACAUGAAUAAUUUUAAACAUUAUUGUAAAAUAUUUUUUUUAAGCGAAUAAUAAGAAAUUUGGUCACUUUAUGCAAAUCAUGACAAAAAUGCCAAUUACUGAAUUCUCAUUGGAAGAAACAGCAUUUUUUUCUGUACCAAAUUGCACACCGUUUGUAUGAAAGGUGACUACAUUAAAAUGUUAAGGCCGGCCAAUAUACAUAUACAUAGUCUUGUAUGCACUUUAACUCCCUAUUUCCUCUCUUUUUUUUUUUUUUUUUUUUUUUUUUGCUCUAAUAAUACCUCAUUCUUUCAUCUUUUUUCAUUAUGUCUAGUCAUUUUCCCUUUGUUAUUUAUUACAGCUUAUUUCCCCCCUUUUAGCACAAGUUAAGAUCUUUGCUUUUUACGUGUUUUCAUCUCAGGAAAUGAAAAUUAAAGAAUACACAAUGUUCAAUCCGUUUUCUUCACGAUAAGGUCACUUUGUGACAGGACCAAUCACAUUGGUUGUUACAAGUAGGUUUUUUUAAGACCGGUGCAUUUCAUCACAGACUUGUUACAUGUUCUGCAUCCCCUCAUGUCAGUCAGAAUAAAAUUUAUAGUAUGCUGGA